AUGGUCUUGGCCGAUCUCGGAGCCCGUCUUCAUGGAGCCCUCAACCAGUUAUCUCGAGCGCCCGUAGUCGACGAAAAGGUCAUCGAUGCACUGUUAAAAGAGCUAUGCGCUGCAUUAUUGGAAUCAGAUGUCAACGUCAAGCUAGUGUCAUCUUUACGGACUAAAGUCAAGGCCAAGGUCAAUAAGAGCUUGGAGGACGCAGAUAAAGCGGGCGGAAAGGAAGUUAAUAAGAAGAAUGUGGUGCAAAAGGCAGUGUUUGAUGAAUUGGUGGCGCUAGUGGAUCCUGGGACAGAGCCGUAUAAACCCGUCAAGGGGAAAGUCAAUGUCCUCAUGGCAGUCGGUAUUCAGGGAGCUGGAAAGACGACGACAUGUACCAAGCUCGCGGUCCACUAUCAACGUCGAGGAUUGAGGACAUGCCUAGUUUGCGCGGAUACAUUCCGUGCCGGUGCCUUUGACCAGCUCAAACAGAAUGCUACGAAAGCCAAGAUACCGUUCUACGGAAGUUACACUGAGACAGAUCCAGUUGCCAUCGCCUCCCUCGGUGUCGAAAAGUUCCGCAAAGAACGCUUCGACGUCAUUAUCGUUGACACAUCCGGGCGUCAUAAGCAGGAAAGCGAGCUGUUUGAGGAAAUGGUAGCAAUUAGCGCUGCUGUAAAACCAGACAUGACAUUGAUGGUACUCGAUGCUUCGAUCGGUCAAGCCGCAGAGAGUCAGAGCAGAGCAUUCAAAGAGAGUGCAGAUUUCGGAGCGAUAAUCGUGACAAAGCUGGAUGGACAUGCGAAAGGUGGAGGGGCGAUCUCAGCUGUUGCCGCGACCAAAACGCCAAUCAUCUUUCUCGGUACUGGAGAACACUUGCACGACCUUGAACGAUUCGCGCCGCAGCCAUUUGUGUCGAGACUGCUAGGUAUGGGAGAUAUGCAAGGACUGGUGGAGCACAUGCAAGACAUGGCUCGUGCGAACCCUGACAGGCAGAAGGAGAUGGCGAAGAAGUUGGAGCAAGGGAAGUUCUCCAUUAAAGAUUGGAGAGAGCAAUUGACAAACAUCAUGAGCAUGGGAUCUAUAUCGAAGAUUGCUUCCAUGAUACCUGGAAUGCCAGCAGGAAUGAUGGAUGGCAAUGAGGAGGACACAACGGCAAAACUGAAGAGAAUGAUUUUCAUCACCGACGCAAUGCGUCAAGACGAGCUAGAAUCAGAUGGCAUGAUCUUUUUUGCAUUUGACAAAUCUGGUCAGCCGAUUGGGCUGAACAAACGGGCUCGACGAGUGGCUCGUGGGAGCGGCACGAGUGUCCGGGAAGUGGAGGAGCUUCUAGCUCAGGCUCGGAUGAUGUCUGGCAUGGCAAAACAGGCUGGAGGCCAGAAUGGAUGGAUGACGGCCCUGCAAAAGAUGCAAGCAGCGGCGGGAGGCAAGCCGUUGGGACCCAAUGGUCAACCAUCACCUGCUCAAAUUGAAGCGAUGAGGAAAGCCAUGCCACCCGAGAUGAUGCGCAAGUUGAGAGCUGCUGGACCGCAAGGCGCUCAAAAGAUGCUCUCUGACAUGAUGGGAGGUAUGGGAGGUGGCGGCGGCGGCGGUGGUGGUGGUGGUGCUGGACCCGGUGGAAUGGACUUUGGAUCGAUGAUGCGGUCUAUGAUGGGUGGUGGAGGUGGCGGAGGAGGGGGAAUGCCUGACAUGGCCCAGAUGCAGGAGGCUAUGAAGAUGAUGGGAGGUGGGGGUGGGGGUAUGCCCGAUAUGAGUCAGAUGAUGAAGAUGAUGGGAGGCGGAGGAAGAUGA